GCGGGGAAAGAUUGACGGCAGCGCAAGUCAUGCCAGCCCAGUGAGCGCCUCGAGAGAUUCGACGGUACUGACUGAUCCGCCGGGACUCUCGAAAGCCCGCAGCAGUACCAUCUUCAUUUCCUUCCACGUGAAAAGGUGCAGGAUCGUACGGGUCCUGCUCAUCCUUCUUUUCUCAUUUGCAUGGUAGGCUUAGAUCCCCACCUCUGAUUCUCACUCGGUCGCUCGCUCGCUCGCUCGGGCUCAAUUAAUGUCUUCUACCCUCUGAAUCUUCAGCCCUGCUUUGCUUCCGUCUGCUGUAGCGCGUGGAUGUUUGAGCUGGAUGUAGGCCAGCAGACAUCACAUCACAGGUGCCACUGGACUGCAGUAACUGCGUGGCCACGACAAGAGAGCCUCGACAGAAACCUGUCGAUGUCGCAGUCGGCAAGAGGAGGCUGCAGCCCACCGUCUUGUACACGAAUAGUCCAGAGUUUUGACAAAAGCCGUCGACCUCGUGGAUCUCCAAGUCGUGUUCAGUACAGGCACGAAGGUCGUCGACGAUAUAGCCUACGACAACACCCUGGCGACAGAGCUACAGCUGAACCCAUCGGAGGAGCCCACGACCUCCCAUACGACCGAUUUGCUGCUCGAGAUUUGAUGGUAGACUUUCCAGAGACCAUGGAUGGAGCCAGGAAGAAAGAUGUCACGCUGGUUGAAAGCUCAGCCAGUGGAAAUGCGUGA